UAUUCAUUGACAAAGUGCAAAUCAUUGCCAAAUUCAAUAAAUAUUUUAGAUCAUUCAUUAGUUUUCAAAAAAAGUAUGGAGUCAAAAUCAUUUAACUCCAUAGACGACGAAAAGCUUAUUGAAUGUGUCCGAAAUUAUCCUGUUUUGUACAAAUUAAGCGACAAAAAUUACAAGGAUAAUUCAGUCAAAGAGAACGCCUGGAAAGAAAUUUCACACUUCGUAGGAAAAAAUGUAAACGACUGCAAAACACGUUGGCGUACAGUAAGAGAUUCGUACAAAAAAAAUAUGAAAAAACGUAAAUUAGGUACUGGUUCAGCAGCUCCGACAAAAUCAAAGUAUAACGAUGAUGCAUUAAGUUUCUUAAACAACAUUGAAGAUGAAAGAAGAACUAAGUCGAACAUUGCCUACAAUGAAAACUUAAACUAUUCAGAGGUUAUGGAAAAUGAAAGUUUUAAUCAAACUGCGGAGUCAGAAGAAAAUUGUUUUUCUAAUAAUUCUGGUCAAGUUUCAUUAGAAACAGAUAAUUCGAUAGUCGAUCAACCACUGGAAAAUGAAAUACGUGAUAGUUUGACAGACAGAUUUCGAAAACCGUAUGAAAAACCAAAAAAAAUUGGAACAAAGGAUAAGAUAAUUGAGGAAAUUAAGAAAGGGCGAGAGGAGCGUUUGGCGGCGUUAAAAGAGAUGAGACUAGGCGAAUUAUGUAAUGAUCCAAUUCAAAUUUUUUUUAAAAGCAUGGCUUCGACAGUGGCAACAUUUCCCCCAGAAUUGGCCGUAGAAGCAAAAACUAGGGUUUUUAAUAUUAUUUCCGAAUUGGAAUUACGCGCAAUAAAGGAAAAGGCUUCGAAUACAACUUCCGUAGAACCAAUUGUACCGGUAUCGCCUAUUCCAUCAAAACAAAUAGUUCCGACAAUAUUUGUCGAAGAAGAUUCUUCGAGUUCUGCAACUUCUGCAACAAGCAGUGUUUCAUGCCCUACCACAGCUGCAAACUCCAGUUAUGCUUUUUUACAAUAUUAUAAUAAUGAUUAUUAAUUUUUUUUUACAUAUUUUGUUAAAACUAGGUGUUAUUAUUUUUAUAUUUUGUUUUAUUUUCAUUUUAAAAGGGUUGUUAUGUUUUUAUUUUAUUUUAAGAAAUAUUUGUAUUCUUUAUUUUUUUUUUGUAUUUAAGGUAAAACGUGUAGUUUGUUUAUAACAAAAUAUCUACAAUUUCAGAUAUAUGGAUGGCAAUUUUUUGUAACAUUUUAGUAAAUGUUACUAUACUUAAAUAAUUAAAAUGUAUGUAUACAUCUUGUUAAAUGUUAAUCUUGUUUUUAAUUAAAAUGAAAUACCGGUGUUAUAAUAUGAUGUACCUAUAUUUCAACAUGUUAUUAUAUUGUUAUUUAAACCAUUUUUAGUAUUUAUGUAAUAUGUCUCCUGCAACAAUAACUUUUUUUCAAAUCAUAAUAAUAUUUAAAUAAAUUAAAUUAUGUACUUGUUUGUUAAAAACUAACAUGAUAUAUUCUAUUUUUUUUUAAAUCUCAAUUACUGAAUAUUCAAUAAUUAUAAUAUCAUAAUU